AUGGGGAAGCCAACGCUUCUUCCUUCGAAACUGGUUAGCCAGCACAGUCGGUCUUGCACUUUGAAGCCUGGCCGCUGCGGGUUGUGUCAUUGGCACAAGGAGAAGGACAGCUGGCGGAAGCGCUUGCGGAAUGCGAAAUGGCUGCAAGUGACUUUGAAAGGGAAAGUGGCAAGGGUGGGCUGUGCAGCUUGUGCUGCUUUUGACGCUGGAGGCCCCUGGGCGAACUUUGACUUAAAGCCGACAGCUUUGAGACUGCACUGCUUGAAGCGGCAUGAAGACUCCAAGGGUCACAAGUUGGCAGAGCAAAGCUUCCAGCAUGGGACGAACUCGCGGGUAAAUCUGUUGGCGCCGCCUCUGUCGGAGUUCCGGGACGCUUGGACAAAGAUGCAACAAGGUGGAAGUUGCAGAGAUGGAGGUGUGUCUUCCGACAAGAAGACCAACAUACGCUGGUCCAUUUCCGAGGCAAUACUGGACAUGAAUCGCUUUUCCGAAAGCUUGGCCAACUGCACUGUCGAAGCCAUCCAUGAUUUGUGCCAGCCGAUGCUCCACCCUCCCCGUUCCUGCCUUGACCCGGAGCUUCCAGCAUACGAUGACUCGGUCGAGAAGAGGAUCCGCGAGCGGACUACCAUUUUGGUAACCGAUGCAGCUUCUGCGGAGCAGCUGGCGUCCAAUGUCUUGCGAGGCAAACGCCCAUCUGCACUGACAGGUGAAUGUGAAAAGGAGCUGCCGCAUGUUAAGAUAGUUGGCCGUGACAUUGCGCAUGCGAGCACCCGCUUGCUGAAGAGACCUUUCCAAAAGCACGCUGAGCUAGAGGCUAUAAUGGAUGAGUUCAUCUCAGGAAAGGACAGCUUCUGUCAAAAGGUGCAGCAUAGUCCACUGUACACCAAGUGGUGGAAUGAAAUUCUUGAAAAAGAUGGGAAGGGUACAGAAGAAGGAGGAACUGGAGCCAGCAUGGCUGCUGCGAAGCAUCGCUUCGGAAGCUAUGCUCAUCCCCUGUCACGGGUGACAAAAAACAUGAGGUGUGUGCUGACCCUCUUGCAUAAGAUUGCAUUGCUUCGGGAUUCGUCAGGCCGUUGGGCGUCCCAGAUUCUGACACAUUUUUCUGGCUACAAAGCUAUCCUGCUUUCACUCUGUGCAGAUGCCGCGGCAACGUCCAUGGACUUCACUCGCUUCUGCGACGACGAGCAGAGCGACAUCUCCCUUCUCAACACCAAAGCGCAGCAGUUUCUCUUGAGUACUCACGCAUUGUUUCUUCAGGAAGAGGCAUUCACUUUGCCUACCUUUGCAAAAGAUUUGCUGGAUUCUUGCACACGGGCCCCUUUCAGCAUUCUCAUUGCUGGACAGGCAAGAGAAGUGCGAGUUCGAGACUGUGACAAGCGUCGGGCUAUGAACGUUAUGAAAGAAUGGGUGUGUGGGGCAGAAGCAACUCUGAAGGCCGAGUUUCCGUCGUGGCACCUCAUUGGCGCUUUUGAUGUCUUUCAUCUCGGCGGGAGCAUGAGUGACAGCGACAAGUGCACUGUAGAGAAGAGUCUGGCGCGUCUGGCGUGCGCCUUCGGGGUGAACCUGGCAGACCUGACGCAACAGUAUGUUGCAAUCCUGCCUAUGGCCCAGGCAAUGAAGAAGAAGACAGGACAAGACAAUCGCACGGCGUGGGCGAACGUUUUGUUGCGCAUACGAGAUUCUCGUCUCAAGGGGAAAUAUCCUCAAGAUGCUUUAUAUCGCGUCGUUUGCGCCUUCUUGGCAUGGUCAGCGUCCAGUUCCGGCGUUGAGCAGCUCUUUUCAAAAUUGAAACGAUCACCAGUGGAAUUGGCAAGUGCCCAGGCAGAUACGGACCGAAGGGUCUGUGCUGCCAUGGGGUGCACUCUGGACCAAGCGCAGGAAAAGGAAAUGCUGCAGGAAGCUCGAGCCAUCUACACACGGCUGAGCCAAAGCGGCAAGUCCCGGUCUUCUGAGGGCAGGAGGAAGCGGUUAGAUUUCGGUCGCAAAGGUCCAAUGAGACCGUCAUCCCACAAGAACUGGAUGCGAAAACAAAAGGAAGCUGUGGAGGAGGCUGCGGCUCAGUUGAUUACGCCUCCCCGGAAGAUUUCUUCACAUGAUUUGCCUGAAAGUUCUCGAAAAGAAGUGGAGCAACAGAGUCGAUUGGAGAAGAAGCGAAAAGCUGAGGCUUAUUCUGAUGGCUUGCUUUUGAACUCCGAGGUGACAGAAGCAGUAGUUGCUGAGGCUCAGAAACAAAGGAAAGCAGACGCUUCCAAUGACCGGGCUCGCAAGUCCAAUUUUCACAGCAGGCACGCUGCAGUGGAAGCCAGCAUCACCAAGAAGACUGUGGCAUGGGCGCUGAAGGGAUUGCCCAGCCCGGCUUUAAACACUGACGCGGCGAAGGAUCUGAGGCAAGCGUCUCUUUUGAUCAUACCGGACAUCAACACGAUCCCUCGGAAGCAUCAACUCAUGGCAGCCUUGUUCGGUAAGGUCAUUUUGUCUGCGGCAAUUCUUGACGGUGGAAACGGAGUGAAACUGUCAUACAGUGCUGGAAGUCAGCUUGGUGUGUUCGUUUACGUGACUGAUGGAUUUCGAAAUCAAGAGCCUGGCUUGACCAUGAUUUUGCGCGAAGCGUGCGCUCAUGGGUGGAAGGCUGUGACAAUGAAUGACUUGCAGGCUCGGAGCAAAGGGCCCAAGAAUUCCUGCUUGCUCUUACGGGCAAAAGGGGAGGCACUGAAUCUGGGCAAGUCCAGGAUUCAGAUUCGCAGCGCGGUUUCCCGCAUCAAUGACCUGGCAAAGACAUGGAAAGCUCGGCUGGGUUUGUGGUCUCCCGCGGACUCCUCGGGCAAAAUUAGAUGUGCUUCGGACUGCUCCUAUGGUUCAGAUCUCAUUGCUCUCAGGUUGUUCGGCCUUCAAAAACGGGUGGAUUCUGUAAUGACUUGCGAGUCAUGCGGGGAAAAGAUGAUGCUGCACGAUGCGGUGGCAGCUGCUUGUGGCAUUGGCACACGCAAAGUUUCUCAUUAUGCUGACAUCUGUGGGCGCGACAAUGCUGCGGCACCCCGGGCUGAUUUGUACACUGCCGGGUACCCUUGCCCAUCAUAUUCCACGCUUGGAAAAAAACGUGGAGUUUUGGACGACCGAGGCUUCGUAUCUCUGCAAGGUUUGAUGUACAUAGCAGAGAAACGCCCGCGGGCGAUUAUUUUGGAACAGGUCGCAGCCAUAUUGCAGAAGAAACACAGCAAAAUUUUUCAAUUCAUGCAGAAAAUUUUACGAGAGCUGGACUAUCGUUUUGAGAUCCGCGUGCUCAACACGAAGCAGUUCACAAUCCCACAUUCUCGGUCUCGUAUGUACUUGAUCGCCGUGGCGAGAGAGUCCCUAGUUCAUGAGCUGUCCUUUCCACCGGCCAGGUCAGAACACGCGGACUUGCAUGCCUUUUUGGAGAAAGACAAAGUCGGCACGGAAGUGCUUUCACUUCCAUUCUACGAAGAGAAGUUAGGAAACCGUUUGUUUCAGAAAGGAUACAUACUAGACGUGGGCUCUUCGCAGCGCUUUCAAAGCGUCAUGCCCAACCCCUCCCCAUGCCUGACAAAGUCACGGCUCAAGGCCGCUGGCUACUACAUACCAAAACUUCGGAGAAGGCUGACAUUGGCGGAAGCCGCCCAGCUCCAAGGGGUGCCGCCUCAAAUCCUUCAGGCCAUGGAAGAGGCAGCCAAGCUACAUCGCUUGCCGAAGAGGUCGGUGGAUGAAUCAUUGGGAGAUGCCAUGUCCGUCAAUGUUCUGAUGUCCGUUUUAAGGCGGGCGCUGGAUGCAUGUGGGCUAACCGAAUUGGGUUCCGGCAAAGACUUUUGGCUGCAAGUGCCAUUGGGUGAGGCGAGCGUCAACUUGAGCAAGAAGCUCUUUGACAAGUACAAAAGGUGA